AUGCAGUCGCCAGCGGUGAAGGAGGCUGGGCGCAGGGGCCCGCGGGAGCGAACAGGAAAGGGGUCCCGUGAGGAGCGCGCCAAGGGGCCGCCCGCGGCGGAGCCCCCCAAGCCGGGUUGGGCCCUAUCGCUGGAAGGCCUGGCGGCCAUGCGCCCCCGGCAGCGUCACCGCCACUUGCUCUUCGGGGACCUGCUUGAGGACGUGGGCGUGGCCGCCUCCAUCUUCCCCCGUGAGUCAGUGGAGCUGGGGUACCAUAUGCCCGACCCGCGCGCGUGGACGCAGUCACUCGAGCUGCCCGCAGUGCGCCAGGACAUGCUCCUCGGCGUCCUCAAGGCAGCGGAGGCCCGAGGACGAAUCCGUGCCCUGCGGCUGCGCUACAUCCGCAUGCGGACAGACUCACCAGAGAAGGUGCAGGACAGCCAGAACGGCUGGGGCAAGGGGAACGGAGUGCAGGUCCAAGUGGCCAAAGGACACAAGUGA